AUGGAGACAGGAAAUGAGACAAUAAGUACAGACUUCAUUCUCCUUGGCCUUUUCCCUGGAAUGAAACAUACUGGUCUCCUUGUCUCUGCUGUUCUCCUCAUCUACAUCAUUGCCAUCACAGGAAAUACCACCUUGAUUCUUCUCAUCUGGGCAGAUCGCCAUCUCCACACCACUAUGUAUUUCCUGCUUAGCCAACUCUCCCUUAUUGACCUAACUUUCAUCUCAAGCAUAGUCCCCAAAAUGGCAGUCAACUUUUUCUCAGGCAAGAAGAAAAUCUCUCUAAUUGGCUGUGGAACCCAGAUCUUCUUCACCUUGACUUUGGGGAUUGCUGAGUGUAUACUUCUAACCCUCAUGGCUUAUGACCGCUAUGUGGCCAUCUGUCAUCCACUCAAAUAUCAAAUCAUUAUCAGCCUCCAGGUCUCCAAGCAGAUGGCUCUGGGAUCCUGGGUGGGAGGGGUUCUGGCCUCCUUGGUUCACACAAGCUACUCCAUGCACUUCCCCCUCUGUGGCCCCCGGGAGCUCCACCACUUCUUCUGUGAAGUAAAGGCCAUCCUGAAACUGUCCUGUGAGGACAUCUCUGCCUAUGAAAAAGGGGUAGUAGUGACCAGCAUUAUUGUGGUUCUUCUCCCUAUUAGCCUCAUUCUGUCUUCCUACACCCUCAUCUUCCUCCAAGUCUUGCGAAUGAACUCUCCUGAGGGCAGGAACAAGGCACUGGCUACCUGCUCCUCACAUCUAACUGUAGUCAUAUUUUACUAUGGUCCAGCCAUGCUGAUAUACAUGAGACCUGGAUCUUCCCACACCCCCACACUGAACCAGGCUCUCUUUAUGUUUGACACCAUCCUCACUCCCAUGUUGAACCCCCUCAUAUAUAGCCUGAGGAAUAAGGAAGUGGUGGGCUCCAUGAAGAGAAUGCUAUGGAAACUCCCCCUUUUGAAGUAG